CCGAUUAGUUGUCGUGGCGCGGAGAGGGCGAGGGAGAGGCACGCGCCGCUGACUGAGGGGGAGAGAAGUGCACGAGCGGAGCAGAGCUGAACAUCCUUCAGCUGCAGCCUCUUACCGGUAGACGCGAACGGCGCGAGAGACACAUCAGCUUCACGCGACACUCCCGUUUUACUAAAAAAAAAGAGACACUCUUUGCCCGCGUGGCGUGUCGUUUUGCUUCUCUUCUUUGUUUUUCGUUUUUUUUUUGUUUGUUUUUUCUUGUUUGAGUUUCUUCCCCAAUCCGUGGUGGAUUUAAUAAAAGCUAAAAGCGAAGGUCCCGAGUCCACCCCGGCUUCCCUAUAGACGCCUUUCCGCGUUCUGUCACUCCGGCGGGAAGGACGGACGCUCCACCGGCAACAUUUCUUACAGAAUGAAGUACAGCUGCUGGAAUCUUUGAAUUGAGUGGAGCAAGUACAGAGAAGAAGGUCUGGUUUGAGGAAACACAAAAAAGCAACAAAAAAAAAGAGCAACAAGGCCAUAAAGUUAUUUGGUGAAAGAAGAGAGUGAAGAAAGAAACGGGACAAUGGGGAGAAAAAAGAUUCAGAUCACGCGGAUUAUGGACGAACGCAACAGACAGGUGACAUUCACCAAGAGGAAGUUUGGUCUGAUGAAGAAAGCCUAUGAGCUGAGUGUGCUAUGCGACUGUGAGAUUGCCCUCAUCAUCUUCAACAGCACCAACAAGCUCUUCCAGUACGCUAGCACCGACAUGGACAAAGUGUUACUGAAGUACACAGAGUACAACGAGCCUCAUGAGAGCAGGACCAAUUCUGAUAUUGUGGAGACAUUGAGAAAGAAGGGUCUAAAUGGGUGUGACAGCCCUGACCCAGACGCAGACGAUUCAGCAUUGAGCAAGAAGGAGAACAAAGGCAGCGAGAGCCCGGAGCUAGAGUCUGCUCUCGCUCUCACUCCAUGCACAGAAGAGAAAUACAAACUGAUUAACGAAGAGUUUGAUCAUAUGAUCAAGACUCAUAAGAUCCCUGCCGUGCCCCCUUCCAACUAUGACAUGCCAGUGUCCAUCCCAGUGAGCAACCAGCUUUACAGCCACCCUGGAGGAUCCCUAGGCAACCAUAACCUGGUUCCACUGGCCCAUCAUGGCAUACAGAGGAACAGCAUGUCUCCAGGUGUCACACACAGACCACCAAGUGCAGGUGGUCUGAUGGGUGCCGAUCUUACCACAGGCCCUGGCACCAGUGCUGGAAACGGCUAUGGAAACCACCGUAACUCUCCUGGAUUGCUGGUUUCCUCUGGGGGUAUGAACAAGAACAUGCAGGCCAAGUCGCCCCCGCCAAUGAACCUGGGCAUGAACAGCCGAAAGCCUGACCUGCGCGUGCUCAUCCCACCAGGAACGAAAAACAACAUGCCUUCAAUCAAUCAGAGAAUAAACAACUCGCAGUCCGCACAGUCAUUGGCCACCCCUGUGGUUUCUGUGGCAACACCCACUCUACCAGGCCAGGGCAUGGGCGGCUACCCUUCAGCAAUUUCCACCUCCUAUGGUACUGAAUAUUCUCUAAGCAGUGCCGACCUGUCAUCUAUAUCUGGCUUUAGCAGUGCCAACACCCUGCACCUGGGCUCAAUGAGUGGCUGGCAGCAGCAGCACCUCCAGAACAUGCAGCACUCUGCUCUCGGCCAGCUGGGAAAUUGCACUAGCACUCACUUAUGUCAGGGUUCAAAUCUCUCCCUGCCCUCUACCCAAAGCCUGCACAUCAAGUCCGAACCUGUUUCUCCUCCUAGAGACCGCUCCAGCAGCGCCACACCUGGCGGCUAUGCCCCGCCCCCUCCCCACCCGCAGCAGCACCAGGCCCCACCCCCACAACAGGCUCCACCCCCACAGGGCCGCUCGCCAGCCGACAGCCUGAGCAGCGAGGGUAGUGACCGUGAUGAGCAUCGGCCCGACUUCCACUCACCCCUUGGCAUGGGCCGACCUGGCCUGGAUGAGCACGACAGUCCUUCUGUCAAGCGAGUCCGCCUUUCUGAGGGCUGGGCCACAUGAUAAGCCACGCCCCCACCUCAACAGCCCCCACACUUGACCUCGGUCCAUCAUCACAUUCACACGUUCUCUCGAUCUGUUCUGAUGAAUUGUAGUCCUCUAAGCUCUGUCGGGUCACUCACAAUGUAAACAGACAGGAGGGAUUUUUCAAUUUACUUACUUUUCGCUCUCUUCUUCAAAGAGUGUCAAAUGUACAUGUUGUUGUGAUUGAUGGGUGUCAGGGAGGGAAAGGGAGGUAGGGGCUAGCAUUAGAGGGUUAAGACAGUGUUUUAGUGGGUGGGGUUACUAUGCAUAACUUUUGCUGUGUGUUGAUUUGACUUUCAAGACUUAACCAUAUAUGCAUAUAUAUUUACACGUGUGUGUAGGUGUACAUAUAUGCAUAGUAACAAAAAAUCGUCAGGUACUCUCGAAUUUUUUUGUAAAGGUAUUUACGACUUUCCUCAGUGACAUUCAGCCAUGGGAGAAGCUCAGCUGAGGGCCAGUGCCGACAGGCUAGCACUUGAGUUGCUCUACCAGUACUUUGUGUACAGAUUUAGUUCUCUUCGCCACUCUCUGCAGAAUGUUCCCUCGCUAAAUGUAUGUUAUGAUUGACAAAGUCAUGUUGCAGGUUCAACGUAUUGUACAUAGAGGGUGGGAGGAGACAAGGGGGGUGGGUCGAGGUUGCCAGACAUUGGACAUUGAUCUCAAAUGGAAGCUUUUAUGCAGGAUUUUUUUUGAAGGAUUGUACAGAUGUACAGCCCCCUAGGCUUUAGUCAAGGUGAAGGAGUAUUUUAGAACCUCUAAUGAAUCAAGCGCUUUUUUGAAGAAAUGGGAGUGUUAUUCACAAAAAUGGCAGUCAGUAGAUGAAGGACCAUACCUAAAAUUAAGAGCCAUGUUAGUUUAUUCUGAUGAAAUCAAAAACCUAGGACUUGCUUUAAAUGUUCAGUAUUAAAAAAAAAAAAAAAAAAAAAACAAGAAAAAGAAACAAUUGUAUGAUACUCUUGCUUAUAUUUUCAUAUAAAAAGGAAUACAAUGCAAAGCAUUUUGUGGCGUUUUGUAGUUUAUAUAAACCAGAAUGAGUUUUGAAAGCUUUGCCUAUAUGAAAAAUGAUAGUUGUAUAAGAGUGAUUAACUGGGCUUUUCAAAUCUAAGCCAUGACAUCUGAGAACCCUUGCUUUGCUGAGGUUUUUUUUUUUUUUUUUUUUUUUUUUUUUCAUUUUGUAGAGUUUUUUUUUUAAUGUGUAUUUCUAAUAAUAUUGAAUAAUAAUAUUAAGAUUCUUUUAAAUAUCUGUGAAAUUAACAUGCUUGUGUAUAGCUUUCUAAUAUAUAAAUAUAUAUAAUAAUUAUGGUCAUAACAUUUUUUGUCAGUGUGAGGUUACAUAAGUACAGUUGCACAUGUUUGUUUUGUCCUUUUUUUUUUUCUUUAUUUUUGCUCCAUACUGAAUCUUUCAAGGGAAACCCAGCAUGAUCAUUAGAUUCAGUGUAAAUUACACAAACAGCAACUGGCAUGAAUAUCUAGUUUGGGAAAGAUACACCCCUUUGCGUAUUAAUGAUAUCUUGAAACUCAGGUGAAGAAUGUGUAUAUGCUCCUAAAGUAAGCACACUUCCUAUCAGAUGUAUUUGCUGACCGCUAAAUUCCCAUUUCUCAGUAAUAAAGAUCCUGUUCACUUACAUUUCUAGCGAACUGAGCAUUUCUUGUUGCUAAAGCAGUGGUCAGCCUGCUUGUAUUUAUAUAUAUAUCUUUCAGUGAGCACAAGAUAUUUAUCCGUACAUGUGCUUUGGUUAGGAAGAAGCACAACCUUUCUGAUAUAACAAACCUUUAGUCUGUGAACCAAAGCAGAUGCUGUUUAAACUCAAAACAAGGAAUCGAUACUUUCACUUGAAUUGACAUUGCACUGAAAGAUUUAAAAGAGAAGUUAAUGUUUGUUUUUUUUCACUAAGGGAUAUAUCAUGUUAUUAUGGAUUCAUGGUUAUGAUGAGGCAUAUGUUGUGAAUCCUUGAUCGUGUGUUUUGCUAGUUUGUCCCAUUAAAGUAACACAUUUACCCGUUUCCUCUGAUCAUACUGAGAUCUCUACAGUGUAAUCGUUUUGAUUUCGCAUGAAUCAGAGACUGGACAUUUGUUGAAAUCUUUUCUACCAAAGACAUGGAGCAGUGUUACCCUGGCUUUGUUAUACAGUAUUCCAUUCUCUUUGGGAUUAGAGAAGGUCAUAAUUCUGAAUAUGUUUAAGUUUUGCUUUAUGUAAUUUACAAUAAUACUGGUACCUCAUAUUCACCCUCCCAGUACCUCAAAUUACCAUUCAACCAAUUAUGAUGAGAAAUGGGGUGGGAAAAAAACAACAAAAAAAACAAAAACAAAAAAUCUAUUUUAAAAAAUGAAGAAAAAAGUACCUAACAAAUGUACAGUAUUGUGACUCAGUAUGCCAUCGUUUCUUCUAUAAAACCUUGCAUAAUGUACACAUAUGACUUCCUGGUUCACCCUUUUUUUGGUUUGCUGUUCUUUUUCCUUAAAAUAUUGUUUCCAUUUAAAAAAAUGCAAAUAACAAAAAAAGUACAAAAAAAAAAGUAGUAACAAAUGUAGCUUGUAUAAACCUACAUUGGUAAGGUGGAAAGGAUGUGUGUUUCUCUCUUUUUGUUUUCCUUUUUAUUUUAUUUUUUCAAACCAGGAGAAAGAGGCUUUCAGCGGCAUAAGCUGGACUUUGUCGCCACUUGAAGACAAGAUGUCAUUAAAUUAAAAAAAUCACAUCUCUGUAUCUCAAGGGACUUGAUUCAGCUGUAUGUAGUGAAAAUUAAUGUAUGGAUAUUAAAAAAUCAUUUUCUCCUGCUGGGAUUCAAAAAAGGUAUUUGUAUUUUGCAGAGAACUCAGUAAAGUUACUGGCUUUCUUAGUUA